AUGGCAUUUUAUGCUAAUGGUUUGUAUGCUUCAGCAAUAUCGGAUUUAGGCAGUGAAUAUCCAAAAGCAGAAAGUGGAAGACCUUUUCUACCAGAAGAAGAGAGAAAAUUUUUAAAACUCUUCAAUGAACAGAAAUUUAGACCUAGAACAGCUAUUUUAACAAUGUGGUUUAAAUAUCCCAAACACAUGUUCUUCCAACCAAUACCAGCUAAAGAUAAUAUCACUUUCACAAAUAAAGAAGGAAAAAAGGAAACUUGGAGUAAAAUCAGGUUUAGAAAUGGUUUCUGUUCAGAUGUUUUAACAUCGGUCGAUAUUCAAGAAAUAGUUAAAGCCGGUGGAGAAAUUAUUAGAAUAUUACAUGGUAUAGUAUACGAAGAAAAUUUUAAAAGUCCACCAUAUAGAGAUUAUAUUUUAAUUUUAAGAGAUCUUAGAAAUAAAUAUAAACGAGAAGGUAAUAUCGUAGGUAGUAAUUGCAUGAAAUUAUUAGGUAAUUCAUUGUAUGGUAAAUAG